AUGAGUACCCGCCGAGGUCUCUUCUUCCCUCCGAGAUGGCUAAAGUGCCCUCGUGUGGGAGGCCUUCUCGUUGAUCUGUUUAUUCCUUUCAAAACUCCUCUUGAUCAUAAGUACACCGACUUCAUUCCUUCCGAUGAAAUUUUUGAUCCAGACAGUCUGUUCGAUUAUAUCAAACCGUACCAGCUUGGUCUUGUCUUUGAUCUUACCAAAUCCACCCGCUUUUACCAUCGGAAAGAGAUAGAGGAGCACGGUUGCGCUUAUGUGAAAAUUGCUUGUAAGGGCAACGAGGAGUGUCCGACAGAAGAACAGGUGAAUCUUUUCAUUGGCGUAGUGAACAAUUUCGUGUCAAAGAACAAGGAAAAUGGAAAAAAGAUUGGCGUUCAUUGCACUCACGGCUUCAAUCGAACGGGCUUUAUGAUUGUGGCUUACCUUGUUCUCGAAUGCAACUACAGGCGAGUUCACGCUUUGGAACUUGCUCUGAAGCUAUUUUCAGAUGCUCGCCCUCCGGGGAUCUACAAGGCGGACUAUCUCAUGGAGCUUUACAAACGAUUCGAUGAUCCUGACGAUUGUCCUCCUGCCCCGGAACUCCCUGACUGGUGCUAUGAAGAAACCUUUGAAAGUGCCUACUCUUCUGCACCUUCGAGGAAGCGCAAACAUCCAGAUGGUCCACAAAAACACAAUAAUGACGUCGACGACGGAAAUGAUGGUGAGGAUAUCACCGCUGGUAGCGGUAACGAAGACGGUAUAGUCUCCGUCUCUUCCAACUCUACCUUCACUACGCGCCUGCCGCCAACACCGCCAGGCCAACCCAAGCUGAUGGAGGAUGUGAUAGACGUGGAAACCCUCGAUCAGGCCUCCGAGGAAGCACAUCUCGUCCGCACCGUAGUCGACUACCUCAUCAAGCUGGGCGGUGUUUGGCUUCGCAGCGAGGGUACAGACCAAGAACCUCUGCAUCCUCCCGUCUCCAGUCUUUCUGAGGUCAUCCGCCGCGAGCCCCUCAGUCUCCCGCUUAACUGUGAUUCUACACUCCGUUUUCGUGGCAGCCAACCCGUCUCCAUGACUCGUCGCAACGCUCGUCUCAUUGUAGACAACCCCUAUGUGGUGACCUACAAGUCAGAUGGGACUCGUUAUCUCAUGCUCAUUCACGGUCCUCGGCGAGUCUAUCUCAUCGAUCGGGGCAAUUUUGUCUACAAGGUGGGGUGCUUAGAGUUCCCCACGGUUUCGUGGUUACAGAAGGCGUUGAAGGCCCGGCAGAACAAUACUGCUCCAUCUGAUUUCAUGACCGAACCAGGCGGGCAUCUGGUGAACACCCUGUUGGACGGUGAGCUCGUGGCCUUCGAUAACACUCCCGAUAGGCCGAUUAAGUUCCUGGUCUUCGAUGCCGUGGUAAUCCAGGGCUAUCCUUGUGGCAGGGAGCCAUUCGCGAGUCGAUUAAAUUAUAUUGAGAGGUUCAUCAUUCGGCCCAGGAAUGAUGCAGGGCACAAGGAGUUGGUAAAUUUCACCAAACAGACGUUCUCUGUGCGAAAGAAAAUCUUUUACCCGUUGGGUUAUGUUCCCAAGCUUAUCAUUCCUAACCGAGAAGAGUUGCAGCAUGAGACUGAUGGAUUGAUCUUCCAGCCAGCAGGACCACAGGACGCCUACGUGUUGGGUACCUGCAAUGAGACGCUGAAGUGGAAACCGCCGGAAUUGAAUACCAUUGACUUUCGCUGUCGCAUCCACUUUCACACUGCGCUUGCAGAGGUGAGCCGGUAUGUGGGGGAGUUGUAUUUGAGCGGCUCCUCGGUGCCAAGCGCACAUUUGGCGCGUGUGACCUCGCAGGACCAGGACCUCAAUGGUAAGAUUGUGGAGUGCUAUGUGGACCCCACCAUCCAGGGUUGGAAGGUGCUGCGGGUGCGUACCGACAAGACCGAGCCCAAUCAUCUCUCCGUCGGCCGGCUGAUAAUGGAGAGUAUCCUGUAUCCCGUGAAAGCGGAUGACGUGAUCAGAUUGGUUUCCAUGCAGCGUCAAGCCUGCAUGCGCGAAAAGGAGGGGCUUGCGAGGCAGGAAGGUGCAGUGCCUGGCACUUCCCGCGAUGCUCCUAUCCCCUAG